GCCCAGCAAAGGUCAGUGGCCUCGGUAGACCCCCGCAGGGUUUGCCUCUGACUCCUGCCCGACGCGGGUUCCGACCGAGCCGUUCUACGUUCCAAAAUCAUGGCCGCUCCUGGUGGGUCUCCCCGGCCUCCGCCCCCGGGCUUUCCCCCGGGCCCGCCGGGGUUGCCACCGGGCGGCUCCCCCGGCGCGCGGCCCGGUUUCCCGCUGCGGCCUACUGGACUGACGCCUCCCGGUGGCUCGCCUGGCCGGGGUCUACUACCGCCCGGUGGCUCGCCUGGCCGGGGUCUUCCGCCCGGUGGCUCGCCUGGCCGAGGUCUUCCGCCCGGAGGAUCGCCUGGCCGGGGUUUUCCGCCCGGUGGCUCGCCUGGAAGGGGUCUGCCGCCUGGUGGUUCGCCCCUGCGACCCGGCUUCCCGCCAGGCCCACCGACUGGUCUCACGCCUCCACGUCCGCCGGGCUUCCCUCCGCCGCCCCCGCCGCCCCCACCGGGGCCUGAGGAAGGAGCGCCGCCACCGCCCGAGGGUGCCGCGCUACCGCCGCCACCGCCGCCACCGCCGGCGGCGCCCGCUGCACCACCACCCCCGCCACCACCACCAGCCGGGACCGCCGACCCCGACCGAGAAGCGCUCGUUAAGAAAUCCAAAGAGGAGCUGCAGCAGCUCAUCGUCAAAAAGCUCGAGGCUUGGGACAAACUGGCGCUGUCCAAGGAGAACGAGGAACGCAUCGAUGCUUUGCGUAAGCUCAUAACCAUUAACAAAGACGAAGUCGAACUUGCGGGCAAGGUAGGUCCGAAGGACAAGCUCAUUGAGAUGAUGGAUACAAGACUAAAGCUGGCAAAAGACACUAUAGAUGAGAUCAAUGCCGAGAUAAAGAAAGAAACUGCCGAUAGGCUUAAGACCCUUGACAAAUGGGAGAAAGGCGCCAUUCAAGACAUCAAGAAACUUAACCGAAUGGAAUCUGAGCUGGCGAUGCGUUUGUCGAAAAGAGGACGGCGCCUUGAUCCUAGAUCAUCAAUGGGCCAGAUAGACGAUACGGAAGGAGACAUGGAUGACAUGGAGAGAGGCUGGGACCGUGGACGCGAGAGGGACAUGGAUCGGAGUGGAGAUCGGUAUCGUGACCGAGACCGCGAUCGAGAUCGUGACAGAGACCGUGACAGAGACCGUGACAGAGACCGCGACAGAGACCGCGACAAAGACCGCGACAGAGACCGCGACAGAGACCGCGACAGAGACAGUGACAGGGACCAUGACAGGGACCGUGACAGGGACCGUGACAGGGACCGCGACAGGGACCGCGGGGACCGCGACCGUGAUAGGGACCGUGACAGGGACCGCGGGGACCGCGACCGUGACAGGAACCGCGGGGACCGUGACAGAGAUCGUGACAGGGACCGUGACAGAGAUCGUGACAGAGACCGCGAGAAGUCACGGGACCGUGGAAGAGAUGGUGAUAGGAGACGCCAGAGCGACGCGGACCGAGAAAAGGGGAAAGACAAGGACAAGGAGAAAGACAAGGACAAGGAGAAAGACACGGACAAAGACAAGGAGUGCAACGAGUGA